CCCUGCCUGUCUUCGCAGGGGUCCGCCCUGCACCCGCGUCACAUGUUGUUUUGCUCCAAUGUUGCGUCCUCGGGAGAGAGCGGCGCUUGGUGAUUUCUGCCGCGCUCGCCCAGCCUCUCCGCCACUCGCGAGCCAAAGACGAAAGGGAGCAGGGGAAGGGGGGGGGAGCAGUCAAGAGAAGCGCACGCAUGGCCGAGUACCUUGUCUGCCUAAGGGUAUAGAGACAGACAGAGAGAGACGUACUUGCUAGCCACCGUGGGUAGGUAACUGGGUUUGCCCGUGUUAGUGCGUUGGCUCUGUAGGUUUGGGGUAGGCGACACGGCACAGGUGGGAACUCUCUGAUGAGAGUUGGAGGCGACGCAGGGCGCGCAUGCGUCUCGUGCGCUCCACUCAAGCUGCUACUACCUACACACCGUUAACGUGUGCUCACAACUACUACUGCUGCUACUUACUGCCACUGCUGAGAAGAAGAGGAGGAAUAGCUACGGGUUCUCGCUCGCAUUGGCGGGGCAUUAACGAAGCCAGCAAACCCCAUUACGGGUGGACUAUAAUUUUUGUUUUCACCAUCAACCACCACAUCAUCAUCAUCAUCCGCUCGUUGACCGAGCUUGGGUUUGGGUGGGAAACCCAAAAAAGGGCAGCGCAGAUCGAGCUAUGGCCAAUCCACCGCCCGAGCUGCAGUCCACCACGGACGUGCUGAAGUGCGGAUACCUUCGCAAGCAGAAGACGACUCACAAGCGCUACUUCGUGCUGCGCGCUCCCGACGAUUCGUGCGCCGCGGGCCGCCUAGAAUACUACGAGAGCGAGCGCAAGUUUCGCCACAAGUCUGCGCCCAAGCGCGCCGUGUCGCUCGAUUCGUGCUUCAACAUCAGCAAGAGGGCCGACGCGCGCAACAAAUUCAUGGUGGCUCUCUACACCAAGGACGAAUACCUGGCCGUGGCGGCGGAGAACGAGCAUGAGCAGGACGCCUGGUACCGGGCGAUAACCGAGCUGCACGCGCGUGGAAAGGCUCAGCAGCAGCAGUGCAGCGACCACCACCACCACCAUCAUCAUCACCAUCACCACCCCCAUCAGCAGCUGCUGCAGCAGCAGCAGCAGCAGUCGCUGUACCCUCACGCCGAGAGCGGCGGUGAGAGCGGAGGCUCGGCACACGCCGGCGACGAUAUCUACGGGGCGAUAGCGCCUUCGUCGGCCUUCAAGGAGGUGUGGCAGGUGAACCUGAAGCCCCGCGGGCUGGGCCAGACGAGGAGCAUGUUCGGCGUCUACAGGCUGUGCCUCUCGAGCCGCAAGAUCAGCUUCGUGAAGCUCAACAGCGAGAAGCCGGACGUGACCCUGCAGCUCAUGAACGUGCGGCGCUGCGGUCACUCGGAGAGUUUCUUCUUCAUCGAGGUGGGCCGCUCGGCCGUCACGGGGCCCGGCGAGUUCUGGAUGCAGGUGGAGGACUGCGUGGUGGCGCAGAACAUGCACGAGACCAUCCUGGAGGCCAUGAAGGCCAUGAGCGAAUUCUCCGAGUUUCGCCCGCGCAGCAAGAGUCACUCGGCCAGCAGCUCGAACCCCAUCUCCGUGCCGCCCAGACGCCACCUCAACAGCCUCCCGCCCAGCCAGACGGGCCUGUCGCGUCGUUCGCGCACCGAGAGCGCAAACAGCACCCAGGGGGCUUCCUCUCCGGCCGGUGGUGGCGGCGGCGGCGGCAACAACAACCCGGCAGCGGCCGCCACCACCAUCACCAACAUCAUCAGCCACAGCAGCAGCAGCAGGCAUCCGCUCAACGGAGGCGUUGGAGGAGCGGCAAGCGGGCACAACUUCAGAGCGCGCACCUCGAGCGAAGGGGAGCGAACGAUCUUGACGUCCAGGCCGAGUUCGGUGACCGGAAGCCCCGUGAGCGUUAGCCCCACGCCUCCUCGCCUGCAGCAGCAGCAGCAGCUUAAUCAGCAAGGGAUCCGGGGAUGCCUCGGCGGGCGCACGUCGUCCCGCCUCCAAGCGGCCCCCAUCCACAGCCGCUACGUGACCGUGCCGGCACCCGGCGCGUCGCAGCCUCCGUCGUCGGCCGUGAGCCCCGUGAGCUGCGCGUCGUCCACUUCGCCGUCCUCCUCGGGGCCCAGCAGCGGCCGGGGGUCUUCGGCGAGCGACGCCCUGUUGCUGCUGUACGUGAAGGUCAACAGCGGCGGCGGCGGCGGCGGCGCUGCAUCGGCGUCAGGCUCACCCAGCGACGGAGGAUUCGCGUCCUCGUCCGACGAGUACGGAUCGAGCCCCGUGGACGCGAGGAGACAUCAGGGCCUCGUGCACAGGAGCGCCACCCCCGAGUCUCUGAGCCGCACGCCGCCACCCAUCCGCGAGGAGCAAGACGACGGUGGGCACAACCUCCACCACCACCAUCACCACGUGCAUCAGCAACAGGUCAACAACUACAUCAGCAUGGGCAAGUCUUGCGCGCAAAAUGGACACCACCAUCAUCACAACCACCACCACCCUCAGCAGCAGCAACAGCAGCUCCACAGAGGAGUCCUCCUAGCCAGGCGCGCGUCUCAGGAUGAAAAUGCGAGCGGCGCGGAAGGCACGUCGGACCUGGCCGGGGUUGUCCACCGUAAGCGCACCUACUCCUCCUGCACGUCGCCCCCUCCGCCUCCUCCGCUGGCAGCGCAGUCCACCACCGGUGUCCAACAGCAGCAGCAGCAGCGCAAGCCGUUGGACGACUAUGCGCUCAUGAACGCGGGCAGCCUCACGAGCAGCGGCAGCGGCAGCAGCUACACGGGCAGCAGCUACACGUCGCGCUCCGCCUCGCCGAGGCCCCCGGCAGGCCCUUCGACUCCGCAGACCUCGCAGGCCGCGCACCUCCAGCACUCGUACCCGGAGGACUACGGGGAGAUCCACGUGGGCAGCUGCCAGAGGCCCGGAGCGGCCUGCAAGGAUGACGGCUACAUGCCCAUGUCGCCCGGCGUGGCUCCCGUCCCGACGUCUUCGCCAUCUUCCUCGUGCUCCUCCUCGCAGUCUAUCGUCUCCAGCUCCACUACCGCCACCUCUUCCUCCAUGACGCUGAGCGCACCCGGUGGCGGUCCUUCGGACGACUACGUUCCCAUGAGUCCCAAGAGCGUCUCGGCCCCGCAGGAGAUUGUGAACCCGCGGCGGCGCCAGGAGAUCACCGACCCCAGUGGCUACAUGGUCAUGUCUCCUGGUACCAACAACGGCAGCUGCUCGCCCGAGUGCAGCCCCUACAUGAAGAUGUGGAGCAGCUCCAAGCUGUCCGUGUGCAGCGCCGACGGCAAGGGCGGAGGAGACGCAGGCUGCGAGUACAUGAACAUGUCGCCUGGCCUGGUGGCAGGCACCCCCCCGGACUACUUCUUCACGCCGACCAGCGCCGAGCCCCCCAAAGUGAGCUGCUACUACUACUCGCUGCCUCGCUCCUUCAAGCCGGGACUGCGCAAGGAUGGAGAUUGCGCAGCCACCGCUGCCUCGGCCACCGCCGGCGGCGGCGGCGCACGUUUCAGCCCGGGCAACUUGACCGAGAGGCAGCUGUUCGGAGGCGACAAGUCGUCCUCCACGAGCAGCGACAGCCUGGGCCACGACCCCGAUCAGCCGGUGGCGAGCGGCAGCAGCCCCACCGCAAGCGGGGUCGGCGGUGGCAUCACGAAGGCCGAACCUCGCAAGGUCCAGCAGCAGCAGCAGGGGAUAGUGAGACCCACGCGCUUGUCCCUGGGUGGCCUCAAGUCCUCGACACUUCCCCGCACGUACGAGUGCCCGGCGGAGCCCGUGAGCCCGGGGGAAUACGUGAACAUCGAGUUCGGAGACGUGCAGGCGGCUCAGGCGGUGGUGGACGCGCAGCGGAGACUCAGCUCGGCCACGCGUCUCGCCGUGCGGGCAAACUACUCCGUCGUUCCCGACUGGAGCGGCGGCAGGACCACAACAACCACCAACGCAGCAGCAGCAGCAGUCGCUGCUGCAACCUCGGUCGCGAGUCCACUUGCGGCAGCCAGGGCUAAUCCAGCUGGGGCCAGCUACGGAGCGAGGCCCGUACAAAACGGCAACGCAGGCUCGGAUUAUAUGUCCACCUCGAACGUCGGCGGUCUUAAUUACGGUGGCCGAGUAAAUCCGAGCGUCGGCGUCGGCGUGGAUUACGCGUCCCUGCACAUGGGCCGCGGGUGCGCCCCGCUCGAGCAGGAGACGGACGGCGACUACACGGAGAUGCGCUUCGGCGUGACGGUGCCGAGCGUGGCGCCUCUCAGCCCGCCGAGCAACCACUCCAACCUGGAGGGCUCCAAGGGGCUCACCAGCCCGACGUCGAGACUCAACCGCCUGUCCUUGAUGGACCAGAUGACUGCCGCCUACCCGAUGCCCAACCCGGACCACGGCGCGAAGGUCAUCAGGGCCGACGCUCAGGGGAGGAGGAGGCACAGCUCUGAGACGUUUUCGUCCACGACCACCGCCUCGGCUGCCUUGGGAUCGGGAGGAGCAUCCCCAGCGAUGCCCACGUCCACCUCCCUGCUGUCGCCGUCAUUCUCGUGCGACGCAAACCGCCUCGGCUCGGCCUCCUUCGAGAGCGUCUACCUGAAAGACGCCGCAGGAGGACCCGCGGGGGACUCGGCAGACUGCGGCGGCACAUCGAGAGAGUCCGGAUUCGAGAAUGGGCUCAACUACGUCGCCCUGGAACUGAGCAGCGAAGAGUGCCAGAGGGCAGCUGCUGCUGCUGCUGCUGUUGCUUCUGCCGCCGCUACCGCUGCCUCUACUGCUGGCCUGGACGGGGCAAGGGCCAAUGCCAAGGUCAGCACAGGCGCAGUGGAUUCUGGAGCUUACGCCAGCAUUGACUUCGCCCGCUCCGAUGGCGCGUGUCCUCCUGCCCAAGAGAGUUAAGACGCCCCAGAGGAAGAAGGAGGAGGAGGAGGAGACUUGCGUCUGACUGUAAAACCAGCAGUGGCCUACCGUAGUGCAUUUCAAACACACCGACCUCAGUGCCAUCGUCCACCCGCGUCUCUGUGUGGGCGCGCCGUCUCGCCCGCCCGGGAGGAACUCCGCACGCCGUGCCCGCCCGCCCGCCCGCCCGCCCGCUCGCUCCUCCAAUGAAAAUCUCAGGACCUUUCUGUGCUUUUGUCAUUGUCCUUCGUUCGCCAGCCAACACCCCCCCCCACCCACCCUCUCUCUCUCCACCACCGCCCAACCCCCGCCCCAAAUGACUUUACGACCGAGAGGGGAUAAAAAGGGGGAAAGGCUUUUGCCGCACACGUGGGUGUGGUGCAACGCAUCGUACUACCCCGAAGCUCCCCGGCCAGCCCAGUGUGCUAUUAUCAUAAUUAUUGUUGUUAUAUUGUUCCGAUUGCUGCUUCUUCCUCUUCUUCUCCUUCUUCUCAUGAACAUCCUGUGAAGGCUUUCACGGUUUAUUUGCGUGGCGGGGGGGGGGGGUGACUAACUAGACGACAGCAGUUUUGCAUAUCACGUUUUGCCCCAAAAGGUUCGUUGCCGUGGUACUGCUGAUGAGAUGUUGGGGGGUGGGGGGGGGGAGCGCGGGGGAGCGCCGAUUAAGCGAUAAAUGAAAAAAAAAUGUGCACGGAUCGCCGCCCGCAGUGGUCCAAACCGCGUCCCGUGGCGUGCCGUUGGCCGCGCGCGAGGAAUCGGCUCGGCAGUCUCCGAGAGCGCUCACCUCACCGAUGAUGCAUUUUGUGAUCCGUGCCUUUUACUGUGCAGUUGAUGAGCAAGUCACACGACUGUCAACCAGCGAUCGUCGCAGCAGCUGUGAUCCAGUGCCCCCCCCCCACCACCACUUCCCGCCGCCGUCGCCCCUCUCCUCGCCCCCCCACCCCACACCUCCGCCCCCGUCACUUCUUCACGUCGUUCGCUCGUCGAUUGUUAAGUUAUGCAGAAACACUUCCUGGCCGCUGUGGAAUCGUGCCUCUGGUGAACGGACUACCUCGGCGUUCGGGUUAUCGGCCACCCUUGACUCUGGUACUGUGCUCCCCUCGUGGGAGCGGAAAGCCUUAAAAGGUCAACGAAACAAGUCACCCUUUCUUUUUUAUUUGGAGGGGGGGGGGGGGAUGGGUGAGGGGGGGGGGGGUUAGCGGUAAGCUUUCCUUAGGAAUCGUAUCCGCGUACCGUUCAAAGACAAGCGUAGCUCCGCUUUCGUUGUGAACGGGGGGGGGGGGGGGUGGGUGGUGAUGGGUACGCGCGUGUGCGUGCUUGGGAUCGCGUGCAAAAUCCGACUUGAACAAAGUAACUUUUGGCCCGAAGUAAUCGAGGGAGGGAGGGGGGGAGGGGGGAAAGACUAAUCGCCAACAACGCGUGACUUUACAGACGAGGGCCGCCCCCGGCGACCGCCGUCGAUUCAGUAUUUUUUUGAAGAACACGUGAAUUAAUAAGCAGUUUUGUUAGUCGUCGGGCGGAAAGGCUGACCCAGGCCGACACCGCGAAAUGAUGCCAGGCACUCCCAAUGCAACGCAAAAUAACUCCCCCCCCCCCCCCACUCUGUACAGCCUCCCUGCCUCUCCCAUGCAUGUGCCUAAGUUCCACAGAUGCUGCUGGGAUUCUAAACUAAAACUAAACUGUGUAUUUCACCAGGUAAGGCCCACUGAGCCGCUGUACAGCUCUUUUUCAGAAGCGACCUGGCCACAUAUGAUGGCUCGGUGAAGUGGCUCGUCAUCGCGUGGAACGUUAUAGCAGCCCAAAUGCUCUCGGCGCACGUUGAGUCUAAACGUGGAGGGAAAACCGGAGAAAAAUCCACCCGACUACGAGGAGAACAUGCAAACUCCAAAUAUACAGCAGCAGGUGUCGGGGUCGGGAUCCAACCCACAACCUCCUACACGCCAGGCAAGGUAGUUAACAUCUCACCAUCGUGGCGCCCCUUACAAUAACACAGCGGAAAAUGUAACGGUACGGUUCUGCCAGCCAGUAAAUCACAUGCAGCGAGUUUGUUUUAUUGGCUUAUUUGGCGGUGGGGGGGGGGGGGAAUUAAAUGCCACAAGUGACGAACAAACAGAUGAGUAUAAGAAACAAGUUGUACGUUUUGUUUGCGUGGAGUCUUGUUUGGCCCCAGUUGAAAAUGUGGCACCGUAAGGAAGCAAAAUUUUGAGCUGAAUGUGCUUCUUUAUUGCUUGCAUGAAUCAAUUUUGUAUGAAAGUACCACUAUAGAAAACGUAAAAAAAAAUAGUUCGAUUCCUGCAAUGGAAAGGUUGUGCCCAUAACUAACCCUAACCCUUGACCCGAAUAGCGUAGUCCACGGAAUGCAUCGAUGGUGUGUCAAUAGCUGUGUCAAUAGUUGUUAGAAUAUAAUAUUUUUCAUCUUGUUAUUGUACGUUCAGUCAACGGUUUGUUGGGGGGCGCAGAUACUCAAGGACUGAAGACACUGGCUAAAAAUUAUUAUAUGCAACUUAAAAAAAAAAAGUUUCAUUCAGUGCCGGACACUACGGUAAUGUUCUCGUAGGCUACUUGAUGCAAUGUAAAAAAAAAAUAUUUUUAACUUGUUACGUUUCCCAAAAAAGUUAAAACAAAGUGAAAGAAAAAAACCGUUGUUGAAUAUAUAGUGGCUUUGAAAUAAUGGGAGGGUGUAAACUUUAAAUAACCCCCCUGAGUAUUUGGCUUGGUGAGUUCUGAAGCGGUCUGUGUUGCAACGUUCUGAUCGCUAGUUUUGGAAGUCGGUACCAGGUGGCGGGCAACCUGUUGCGGUGAUGUUGGCGACGUUCGCGAUGCCCGCGGCAGUGGCGGGCAAAUCGGUUGUGGACCUGUGCGAUAGAACUUGUGGAUGAUUCCGAUUUUCUUGGAUUGACGGCCACGCGGCCGACGGCUGGGUGAGAUGAAUUCUUGGGCGGAGGAGAGAAAUUCAGUGCCGUGAGAGAGAUGGGCGAGGGUUAUGGGGCGGGGGGGUGGAAACAAAAUGUGUUAAGAGUCGGAUGACUUCUGAUGUGCCGUCAAAAAAAUACUCUUCUUCAAACGGGCGUUUAAUAAUGCUCACCCAUGCCGAGUUUGGUACAGAAGUGUUCUUGUAUGGUACAAAUUAAUAAACAAGAUAACCUUUUGUAUGACUGUAUUCGUGAGUACGGGCCAAUACUUUUUUUUUUAGAAAUAGUUUUGCGGGGCCCUCCGUAAUGUUGUAGUGUAAAUUUGGUGGUACGGCAACAGUUUCUUAUAAAUGGUACGCGAGCAAAUCGUCUGGUAAAUCGAAAUUCUCUACAAGACAGUCGCUCUUUCAUGGGAUUUGCAUUUACCUAGGUGACUCCCACGAUGACCAACGUGACCCAUGUUAAGGUCUGAACGUGAACCGUUAAAGUGUACUAAAAAGCUGCGUUAAGGGCACGCUAAAGUAUUAUUCAGCCUUAGGACUAUUAUUUUUUGCAAGUUUCAUAUUUUGAUACCCAAAUUUCAAUGUCUCUUUGAUAAAUAAUGAAAAAGCCGUCAAAACUGACCACCAGAUCAUCUUUGCGACAACAACUAAAUAACUCGGAAUUGUGUCGCCGUUUCUUUCGGGCAGAUGGUCCGUGAUGCGUAAACACGAACGUGGUCGCCCGUUCCAUUUCUGGCGUCGCAGCCGGCGUUUUGCUUUCCUUGCUGGAUGUUAGCACGGCAGCGUGAAUCGAUGUGAAAUGUUUGUCAGUGAAACCCGUUUGUCUUGGUAAGAUGAAAAAAAAACUAAAGUUUUGAAUUGCGGGCAUGUUGAAUUCUGUUCUCUUUUUUUAAACGCAGUUAUGCAUACAAAUAACACAAACCUCACGUUUAACAAAAGGCCAUAAAAUGCUUUGCUAUAGAGUCAAAGGUAUAUCAAAUUUCAGGUAUCGGUUGAGACAGGAGUCGUGCUGUAUGUGUAGUUUCAUAAUUGCGGCGACAGACAUGACAGAUCAUACACAUGUUGAUGUCGUUGAACCGCUGCUUUUUGUCUAGGUACUUAAUAAUAAUUAAUAUGUAUAUAUAUUAUGAUCCGUCAUUUGAAUUUUUUAAUACUUGGUUUGGUACUAACGUUUAAUUCAGUUUACACGUGGACUAAUUUAUUUUUCUGCAAGAAAGCGUAGUUUUGCUGAUCUAUAUAAAACAAGAAAACCCCAACACGCAAAUUCACCUUUCGAUUGUGUACAGCGGCGCGCAUGUUGUUGUUGUUGUGUUACUUUGCAGCCGGGAAGGCCGGCAAAGAAGCCUGGCGUCCGAUCUCUUUGUUCAAAAGAAAUCUCCAACGCUUAAGGGGGUGUGUGUGUGUGUGGGGGUGUGAUGUUGAUGAUUUUUGUUUAUUUUAAUCGCUGCAAAAAAAAAUGAUGAGAAAUCUAAAACAAUAUAUAACCAGAUUUAGAAAAUAAGGCAUAGUUUUAAUGCAUUGUAUUUUCUCAGUUUGUUACGAAUGUUUAUCUCGACUAAGGUUUAGCAUGGAUAAUUAAUGAAACGUUAUUAAAUUAACUUAUCUUUCCGUGUCUCCCCAUUGUAAAUACGUUGUACAUAGCUUACUUUGUUCUGCCCUCAAGUCCGAUACGCGGCAGUUCCUCAUAUAAUGGUGUAGUAUGUUGGGUGGGUUCGACUACGAUGUUUAACCCUGAUGUAAUGUAAAUUAAUGCAAUAAAGGCAUUGUUUUGGUGCAAA